AUGGCAUUUGUGAGUGAUCCUCAUAAACUGGAGUAUUUGCUGGAACGCAAGAGGCCACUUGACAGGCUCCAGAGAAUUGUCACCAAAGUCCAGAUGGAGUCGGGGGCGUGCGAUGACCAACUCAACCAUCUGGAGACUCUACUGCAGACGGAUAUUCGUCUGAUGAAUGCAGGGCAACCACCUAAGCACACAGCAGAGGUGGAGAGAGAGCUGGACAAGGCAGACAAUGUGAUUCGCCUGCUCUUCAACGAUGUGCAGGUACUCAAGGAUGGGCGCCACCCUCAGUCUGAACAGAUGUACCGCAGGGUUUACCGCAUCCAUGAGCGCCUGGUGAACCUGCGCAGCGAUUACAAUCUUCGCCUGAAGACCAGUGUGACAACCACCAAGGCUCCCAUCCAGCACACCACUAUUAAAGUGCGGCCCGAGAUGGAUGAUGUGACCCUUCGCUAUGUCAAAGACCUUCUGGCAUGGGUGGAGGAGAACCAGCUUCGCAUUGAUGAGGCAGAGUGGGGCUCUGAUCUGCCCUCUGUGGAAUCUCAGCUGGGCAGCCACCGAGGCCUGCACCAAACUGUGGAGGACUUCCGAUCCAAGAUUGAGCGGGCCAAGACUGACGAGAGCCAGCUAUCUCCUGCCAGCAAGGGCGCAUACAGGGAAUACCUGGGUAAACUGGACCUUCAGUAUGGCAAACUACUGAACUCUUCCAAGUCCCGCCUGAGGAACUUGGAUUCACUCCACGCCUUCAUCAGCGCUGCCACUAAGGAACUGAUGUGGCUGAAUGACAAAGAAGAGGAAGAGGUCAACUUUGACUGGAGUGACAGGAACACCAACAUGACUGCCAAGAAAGACAACUACUCGGGUCUCAUGAGAGAGCUGGAGCUGAGGGAGAAGAAAGUCAAUGAUAUCCAGGCCACGGGAGACAAACUUGUGAGGGAUGGACAUCCUGGCAAGAAGACAGUUGAGGCCUUUACAGCCGCCUUGCAGACUCAGUGGAGCUGGAUCCUCCAGUUGUGCUGCUGUAUUGAAGCUCACCUCAAAGAAAACACAGCCUACUACCAGUUCUUUGCCGAUGUCAAAGAGGCUCAGAACAAGAUGAAGAAAAUGCAGGAGAACAUGAAAAAGAAAUACAGCUGUGAUCGCUCCACUACAGCCACACGCCUGGAGGAUCUGCUGCAGGAUGCUGCG